AUGAAGAGGCAAGCUAUUUCAGAAUCCUCCCCUAUUCCUUUAUUUGGGACGCAAGCAACUAAAAGUUCAAACUUCGAACCAGACAGUCCUGCGGAGAGUAGAGGACGACACACGUGGACUCCAACAGAUGUCAAUGUCCUCAUCAGUGCCUGGUUAAACACCAGUAAAGACCCUGUCGUAGGGAAUGAGCAAUGGUUGGUUGCUUUUUGGAAAAGGAUAGCAGCCUACUACUCGGCUAGUCCCAAGAUCGCUGAGUGUGACAGAAGAGAGUCAUCACAAUGUAAGCAAAUGUGGCACAAGAUCAACGACUUGGUGGGCAAGUUUUGUGGAGCUUUUGAAGCAGCAACUCGUGAGAAAACCAGUGGACAAAACAAGACUGAUGUUCUCAAACAUGCCCACGAAAUCUUCUUCAACAACUACAAAAAGAAGUUGACAUUAGAACAUGCUUGGAAAGAGCUUAGACAUGACCAGAAGUGGUCGGGCAAGUUUUGUGGAGCUUUUGAAGCAGCAACUCGUGAGAAAACCAGUGGACAAAACGAGACUGAUGUUCUCAAACAUGUCCACGAAAUCUUCUUCAACAACUACAAAAAGAAGUUGACAUUAGAACAUGCUUGGAAAGAGCUUAGACAUGACCAGAAGUGGUCUGAUCUUUCUUCGGCUUGCUCUCAAGGAGAUUCCAAAAGGAAGAAGUUAGAAAACGGUUCGCACUCAGCUUGCUCUCUAGCUGAUGAAGGAACGACUCGACCCCCUGGUGUUAAGGCUGCAAAAGCCCGUGGGAAGAAACAACUCGGUGAUGGGAAAGAGCUUGAUGAGUUUCAGAAAAUGUGGAGAAUCAAGCAAGAGGAUUUGGUUAUUAAGGAAAAGCUGUCGAAGAUGAAGCUUCUGGACAGGCUCAUGAUAAAACAAGAACCUCUAGAUGAUGAUGAAGGAGCUCUGAAGAAUAAGUUAAUUAAUGAGUUGUUGCUGUCUAAUUAG